AUGGCCAUGGACGCUAUACUCCAAGGCAACACCAGUAGUGAAGGCUGGAUAGUACAGAAAUUCGGAGGCACAAGUGUUGGGAAAUUCCCAGACAGCAUUGCUGAAGGAAUUGUUCGAGCCAGCUUAAGGUCGAAUAAAAUUGCCGUCAUUUGCUCUGCUAGAAGUUCUGGUAAGAAGGUGACCGGUACUACUAGCCGACUGCUAGAAGUUUAUAAGCAUCUACGUGCUAUAUCAGCAGCGACGAGUAAUGAAGUCACACAGCAUGAGCUCGUCGAAAAAGCCAAGCUUGUUAUACGAGAUAUUUGCGUCGACCAUGUCGCAGCAGCGCAGAAGUGGAUAAAAAAUCCCGACCUACAAAAAUCUGUAUCGUCCAACAUAGAAGAGGACUGCCAGGAAUUAAUAGACUACAUCAUUGCGGCUAAGCGAUUUAACUUGGAAGUCAACGCGAGAUCCAAGGAUCGAGUAGUUAGCUUUGGAGAGAAGUUAAGUUGCAGGUUUAUGACCUACUUAUUAAAAGAUAGGCAUGUUGACGCAGAGUAUGUGGACUUGUCUGAUGUUAUGCAUUAUGACAGUUCCGACCGAUUAAGUCCAGCAUUUUACAAAGAUGCAGCAGCCAUUUUCCGGAAGAGGAUACAGGCCUGCAAUGACAGAGUCCCCGUAGUCACGGGUUUCUUCGGGAACGUCCCUGGAAGUUUGAUGGACGGAGAUAUUGGGCGGGGAUAUACUGACUUAUGUGCAGCUCUGGUCGCAGUGGGAGUGAAGGCUCAAGAGUUGCAGAUAUGGAAGGAAGUAGACGGCAUAUUCACGGCAGAUCCCACCAAAGUACCAACGGCAAGGCUACUCGCGUCUAUUACCCCGUCAGAGGCAGCAGAACUCACAUUCUACGGCUCCGAAGUCAUUCACCACCUAACGAUGGAUCAAGUAAUCAAAGCAGACCCGCCGAUACCAAUUCGCAUUAAGAAUGUGAACAAUCCUCGUGGAAAUGGUACCAUCGUGGUUCCAGAUCCAGUACAAUCUCCAGCACAGAAGAUCAGGAGAUCCAGGCCUUCGGACUCCUCGUUGCGAAAACAUCCUCGGAGACCCACUGCGGUCUCUAUCAAGAGCAACAUCACUGUCAUCAACGUACACUCGAACAAACGUUCCAUUUCUCACGGUUUCUUCGCCAAGGUGUUUUCAAUCCUCAACAGCCAUAGAAUAUCCGUGGACCUUAUCUCCACAAGUGAGGUUCACGUGUCAAUGGCCAUCCAUUCCUCGAGCCCGUCCGUCCGCCAUUUCGAAAAAGCAAUGACAGAGCUAGAAGAAUGCGGAGACGUCAGUAUCUUACUCGAUAUGGCUAUUCUAAGUCUAGUCGGUGCAGAGAUGAAGAAUAUGACAGGUAUUGCUGGCCGCAUGUUCUCGACGCUAGGAGAGCAUAGCAUCAACAUCGAGAUGAUAUCGCAAGGCGCAAGUGAGAUUAAUAUCUCGUGUGUUAUCGAUGCAAGGGAAGCUACGAGGGCAAUGAGCAUAUUACAUACAAACUUAUUCACAUUCCUCGAUUAG